AUGUCGGAAGCUGCACCUGCACCUGACAACACUACCAACAUCUUGAAACACCGCCUCCAACACUUCUUGCAGAAGCGGGAACCACCCAAGACUUUCUGCCCUUCCGAUGUCGCAAGGGGCCUCACCACGCAGGACCUGUCAGACUGCCAUUUCGACUCUUGGCGCGAUGCUAUGCCCGCCAUCCGCGAGACCGCCUGGACAAUGCGAGACGAAGCACUUCUCGAAGUCGUGCAGAAGGGAGAGCCAGUGGGCCAUGUCGAACUCAAGGACAUCAAAGGACCCAUCCGCAUUCGACGAGUCGCAUCCUAA